AUGCUGUGGGUCGCGCCCGUCUCCAAGGGCCAUCUGCCCACGUGGGACGUGAGUGGCCACGGUCAGCGAGGUCGCCCCGACCCUGCACCCGUGCGAAACACUGUGCAAGAGGAAAAGCGCAACGCGAUGAUGAUUUGCCGGGUCUUGGAAGACUUGGCGCAUCACUCGCAGGCACGAGCUGUGAAGGUCCCCAGACGGAGCCCACGGAACCACAAGUGUCUUUUCCAAGGUCCACUUAGAAUUCCUUGGAGUCCACACGCAGAAGCAGAACUCCUGGUUUCCACAACCGUUGUGUCUGAGUUUUUAAGGAACUGCCAUAGCGUUCUCCAUGGCAGCAUUGUGUCCUCUGAAAUCACAUCCCUGCCUCCCCGCGCUUCUGUGAGUGUGGUCCCCAGGGCGCUCGCUCACCGCUGGCCCCUUGUUUCCGAGGUUCUGUUUGCCGCCUGUGAGCUGGGUGUGUUUGACCUCCUCUCCGAGGCCCCGGAGCCCCUGGGCUCGGCGGCAGUGGCUGUGCGUCUGGGCACCAGCUCCCAUGGGACACAGCUCCUGCUGGACACCUGUGUGUCCCUGAAGCUGCUUCAGGUGGAGACGAGCAGAGGAAAAGCUUUAUAUAAAAACACAGAGCUCUCCAGCACCUACCUGGUCAGGGCCAGUCCCAAGUACCAGGGCAACAUGCUUCUGUACCUGGCCAGGACGACGUACCUGUGCUGGGGCCACCUGGCCCAGGCCGUGAGGGACGGCAAGAACCAGUACCAGGAGGCAUUUGGGGUUCCCUCCAAUGAACUCUUCACGGCCAUCUACAGGUCUGAGGGCGAGCGUGUGCAGUUCAUGCGCGGUCUGCAGGACGUCUGGAGCGUCAGCGGGAGAGCGGUGCUGGAGGCCUUCGACCUGUCUCCGUUCCGGCUCAUCUGCGACGUCGGCGGCUGCUCCGGGGCUCUGGCCAAGGAGUGCACGGCCCUGUACCCUGGGUGUCGGGUCACCGUCUUCGACACCCCCGAUGUCGUGCGCGCGGCCAAGGAGCACUUCUCAUUCCUGGAGGACGACCGCAUCCGCUUCUGGGAAGGAGAUUUCUUCGAAGACCCCCUUCCGGAGGCAGACCUCUACGUCCUGGCGAGGGUCCUGCACGACUGGAGCGACGCACGAUGUGCCCGUUUGCUGGCGAGGAUCCGUCAGGCCUGCAAACCAGGGGGCGCUGUCCUGGUGAUUGAAAGCCUCCUGGACGCGGACGGCCGGGGCCCUCUGACCACACAGCUCUACUCGCUGAACAUGCUCGUGCAGACAGAGGGCCGGGAGAGGACCCCUGCCCAGUACCUCGCGCUCCUGGGUCCUGCCGGCUUCUGGGACGUGCAGUACAGGAGGACCGGGGGCCUGUACGAUGCCAUCCUAGGCAGGACGGGGCUCCCUGCCGGCUGCAGCUAGCAGCCCGACCCGAGCACCCCCGAAAAGGGCGACCUCCGUGGGCUUCCUCGUUUGGGGGGCUUGACAAGGGACUGGGGGUCUCUGCUCACGGUUGAGGGAUGUGCAUCGCUCGGUGGAUUUUGCCUUGUUGUGCUUUGUUGUAUUCUGUCCUAUCCUAUCGUAUCCUGUAUUCUGUUCUGUGCUAUUCUAUUCUGUUCUAUUCUUUCUAUUCUAUUCUAUUCUAUUCUAUUCUAUUCUAUUCUAUUCUAUUCUGUUCUGUUCUAUUCUAUUCUAUUCUAUUCUAUUCUAUUCUAUUCUAUUUCCAGCUUUCUGACACUAUAAUUGACAAAAUUAUACACGUUUAAGCUGUACAACGUGGUAAUUUGAUGUACACACACAUUGUGCAGUGACAACCAGAACUGAGCUAAUUCACAGACACCCCCCGCCCCCUGCCCCGGCCUCGCCAUGCUAACAUGAAGCCCCAGGACUCAGUCCACUGACGCCUGGAAGUUUGUGGCCCGUUGACCACCGUGUCCCCCGCCCCACCCCCACGCCUGCACACCACAGCUCUGUCCUCUGCAUCGAUGACCUUGGUCGUUGCUGGGUUUUUUUUUGGAUUCCACCGAGAAGUGAGGCCAUAUGGUGUUUGCCUUCCUCUGUCGGACUUACUUCCCUCAGCGUCCUCAUGGCCAUUUAUGUUAACUUUUCUCUCGGUGUGGCAAGCUGGAACGCAAAAUUCGCCGUUUUAAGCCUUCUUUGGUGCACGGCGAGCUGGCAUGAGGACAUUCGCCUGGUCGUGCAGACAGACCCACUGUUUGUGUCCAGAACUUUCUCAUCGUCAGGAUGAAGCUCUGUCCCCGUGAAACACCGGCUCUCCGUCCACGUCCCCGGUCCCUGGUCCCUCCACCCCCCACCCCCCACCUUACGUUCUGUAUCUAUGAGGUUGGCUGAUCUAGAUUAAACUUCACUACUUUAAUAAUG